AUGCUUGCCGAACGAAUGAUCCUUCUCGAUAACGACCGUAAAACUGUUGAAAAUCCAUUAGGAUCAAUGCAGGUUUCUGCAGUUAGCAAACAGAAGAAGAAGGCAUUUCCGCGCCCGGACUGCCAUUACUGCGGUGAUUGUCAUUUCCACAGAGACUGCCCGUUUAAGAAAAAGACAUGUCAAGACUGUAACGUCAUUGGUCAUAAUAAGGGGUACUGCGACUCCGCAAAAAGUUUCGAUAACUGGGCCAGGAAUCGUCCAGGCAGGAAGCCAAGCACUGCUAUUGCCAAUACAAAGCAAGUUUUUUCAGCGAACCAUCAGAAAUCACCUUCCCGCAAGUUCGUUAAGUCGAAGAUCAACGAUAUCGAAAUAAAGCUAAAGCACGAUUCUGGUUCGGACUGGAACCUCAUAUCUAAAGCAAAUUGGGAAAAUAUUGGCUCUCCUCGUCUUACACCGGUCGAGAUCGCAGCAAUCAGCGCUUCUGGACAUCCAAUCAAAUCAUUGGGCAUGUUCUCGGCCGUUAUCGAGGUAAAGAACCGUUUGGCAAUCUCCGACGUCUACGUGUCUGCGGAGGGUCAGAAUCUCUUUGGGAAUCCAGCAAUGGAAGCCCUCGACCUCUGGGACUCUCCAAUAUCGAUGGUAGUCAGCAGUGUCACCGAUAACCAAUCUCAACUCGCAGUGAAGGUAAAAGAAAAAUUUCCUUCUCUUUUUUCUUCGUCUUUGGGUCUGUGCACGGGGUUCAAGGCCUCCUUGACUUUUAAGGAGAACGCAAAACCUCCAUUUAUCCGGGCACGUCCAGUACCUCAUGGUGCCCUUGACAAGGUGGAAGGCGCUCUUCGACAACUCCAGAAUGAAGAAGUAAUCUCGCCGAUUUCUUACGCCUUAGCAGCAGCACCGAUAGUAGCCGUGCAAAAGAAAGACGGCUCUAUUCGGGUUACAGCGGAUUUUUCCACGGGUCUUAACAAAGCAUUAGAAGACUACAAAUAUCCGAUUCCUACACCUGAAUCAAUGUUCGCUUCGCUCUCGGGAAAUGUUAUUUUCACUACGCUCGACCUGUCGAACGCUUUCAAUCAAGUCCCGGUGGACGAUGAGGCAAAAAAGUACAUGGCAAUAAAUACCCAUCUGGGACUUUUUCAAGUUAAUGAGGCUGGCCUGCGCCUGAACCAUGGCAAGUGUGUAUUCGGGCAACCGUCAAUACGCUUCCUUGGAAAAAUUAUUGAUGCCAAAGGCAUACGCCCAGAUCCUGCAAAGUUGCAAACUAUCAGAGACCUUCCAAGGCCCGAUAACGUUUCUCAACUUCGUGCCUUCCUGGGAGCAAUCAACUGGUUUCAUUCCGCAUCUGAAGGACCUCCGAGGACCACUGGACGAGAUGCUUUGCAAAAACGUCAUCUGUGA